AUGUCUGUUCCAUAUAAACAAGAAGAACACAAGUUGACCAUGAUUCCUGGUCCAAUUGAGUUUUCCGAUCCAGUUCUUUAUGCCAUGGCCACCCCAUCACAAGCACAUACCUCACCGGAAUUUGUUAAGACUUUCCAAAGUGCUUUGGUUAAUACUAGAAAGUUGUUUAAAUCAACCGAUGCCAAUGCCCAACCAUAUGUGAUUAGUGGUUCCGGUACUUUAGGAUGGGAUAUUGUUGGUGCCAAUUUGAUCAAUCCUGGUGAUAAAGUUUUGGUAUUAUCAACUGGGUUUUUCUCUGACUCCUUUGCCGAAGCUUUAAAGGUUUACGAUGCCGAUGUUGAUGUCAUUACUGCAGAAGUUGGUGAUGUUGUUCCAUUUGACAAAAUCAGUGAGCAAUUGAAAUCAAAUAAAUAUGCUGCAAUUACUAUUACUCAUGUUGAUACUUCGACCUCUGUUGUUAGUGACGUUGAAAAAAUCUCCCAAAUUGUUAAAAAGGAGUCACCAGAAACUUUAAUCGUUGUUGAUGGGGUUUGUUCCAUUGGAGUUGAAAAUCUUGAAUUCGAUAAAUGGGGGGUUGAUUAUGCAUUGUCUGCUUCCCAAAAAGCUAUUGGGGUUCCAGCAGGUUUAUCAAUCAGCUUUGCUUCUUCUAGAGCAGUUUCCAAAGCUUUAGCUAGAGAAAAAGAUUCUUCCUUUUUUGCUUCUUUGAAAAAAUGGACUCCAAUCAUGAAGGCUUAUGAAAGUGGUAAACCAGCUUAUUUUGCCACUCCUGCCGUUCAAACAGUUACUGCUUUGAAAGUUUCCUUGGAUGAAAUCUUGAGCGAAAGUCUAGAUGAAAGAUUUGCAAAACAUGAAAAAGUCUCGAACGACUUCAAAUCUAACUUAUCUAAAUUAGGCUUGAAAAUCUUACCUCUCAAUGAAAAAGUUGCUGCCAGUGGAUUAACCGCAGUUUAUUUCCCUGAUGGUAUCAAUGGUAAUGAUCUUAUUGCCAAAAUUGGUUCCAAAGGUUUCACCGUUGCCGGUGGUAUUCAUAAAGCUUUGCUUGGUAAAUAUUUCAGAGUUGGUCACAUGGGUGUCUCUGUUUACGAUGGCCACGUCGAAAAACUCACCAAGGCCAUUCAAGACUCUUUGGCUGAACUCAAAUAA